CACGUGACAGCAGCAUCAGCAGCGGCGGCUCCCCGCCCAAUGGAAUGAAUGGACCGCAAAUAGGAGCCAAUGGGCUCUCAGGGGCGGAUAUAAAAAGAUGCACCCGCUCUAAUCCGCCACCGCCGCAGCAGAACCGAACCGGACCGGACCAGCUCAGCUCCUUUCGCGUCGCGCCCCUCCGCCGGAACCCACCGCAGUCGCCAUGCCUUUCGGCAACACCCACAACAAGAUGAAGAUGAACUACUCGGCCGAGCAGGAGUUCCCCGACCUGAGCCAGCACAACAACCACAUGGCCAAGGUGCUGACGCCCGAAUUGUACGCCCAACUGCGGGACAAAGAGACGCCCAGCGGGUUCACCCUGGAUGAUGUCAUCCAGACCGGCGUGGACAAUCCAGGUCACCCGUUCAUCAUGACGGUGGGCUGCGUGGCGGGAGACGAGGAGACCUACGAGGUCUUCCGGGACCUCAUGGACCCCAUUAUCGAAGACCGCCACGGGGGCUACAAGCCCGACGACAAGCACAAGACCGAUCUGGACCCGGAGAACCUGCAGGGCGGCGACGACCUGGAUCCAAACUACGUUCUGAGCUCCCGGGUUCGGACCGGCCGCAGCAUCCGCGGCUUCUGCUUGCCUCCUCACUGCAGCCGCGGAGAGCGCCGCGCCAUCGAGGACCUCUCCAUUCAAAGUCUGGACGCCCUGGACGGAGAUCUGAAAGGGCGCUACUACGCCCUGAAGAACAUGACGGAGGAGGAACAGCAGCAGCUGAUCGACGACCACUUCCUCUUCGACAAACCCGUGUCGCCGCUGCUGCUGGCGUCCGGCAUGGCCCGCGAUUGGCCCGACGGUCGCGGGAUCUGGCACAACGACAACAAGACCUUCCUGGUGUGGGUCAACGAGGAAGACCACCUGCGCGUCAUCAGCAUGCAGAAAGGCGGCGACAUGAGGGAGGUCUUCACCAGAUUCUGCACCGGGCUCACCAAGAUCGAGUCCCUUUUCAAGGAGCGAAGUCACGAGUUCAUGUGGAACGAGCACCUGGGCUACGUGCUGACGUGCCCGUCCAACCUGGGCACGGGCCUGCGCGCCGGCGUCCACGUCAAACUGCCCAACCUCAGCAAGCACGAGCUGUUUGGCCAAGUUCUCCAACGUCUCAGGCUGCAGAAGCGAGGCACAGGCGGAGUGGACACGGCGGCGGUAGGCGGGGUCUUUGACAUCUCCAACGCCGACCGCUUGGGUUUCUCCGAAGUGGAGCUGGUCCAGAUGGUGGUGGACGGCGUCAAGCUCCUGGUGGACAUGGAGAAACGCCUGGAGGCCGGAGACGCCAUCGACGACCUGAUGCCCGAGCAGAAGUGAACCUUUGGCCUCUCGCCCCUCGCCUAAUGUCUCCGGGCCGUAGCCCCGCCGACCCCCGCACCGCCACCGGGCCCUCCCUCACUUGAAGUAGAAUCCGUCUUACGGGAUGUUAGCGAGCCACGUAGAUGUCUGACACCUCCUCGAUUUUCCACUUCCCCGGUGGAGCAGCUGAAACGUCCCAUAAUAAUGAGAAUGCUCCUGAUGAUGAUAAAGUCUGUGAAACACC